CUUAAAUAAAUUAUUCCAUGCCGUCUUCUCUUUUUCUUUUUCUUUUUUAUCACAAAUCAUUGUUCGUUUCAUUUCCCCCUCUCAUCCUCGUGGACUUCAAUCAGUUGGGGGACUCUGUUUGUUUCGCUCGCUCUGGAGAUGGCUCGGGGACUUUUGCUCAUGGGAAGACUGCGAAGUUUUCGGGAGCGCCGUGAGGAGAGGCGGAGCGAAUUCGACGCUUCUCCAGAAGACGCUGGAUGGUGGGAGGGAGGCAUACAUGAAGGGAAUAAGAGUCGAUAGCUCGUGGUCUUGAAGGGCGCCAUCUGUGAAAGCUGCUGCCAUUGGAGGGGAGGGGGGAGAGGAGAUCCGAUCAUUUCCCAUAGUGCUGGUCAGAUGUUUGACGAAAUGCGCAUGCGAGCGGAAACUGGGGGUAACAUAAAUCUGGAAAUCGGCGUGUCGCUUUCUGCUCGUGCAAUCGAUUUCUCUGUGUAUAUAUAUAUAGAUAAACGAUGACGAGAAAUACAACAGUGCAUUUUGCACGCCCCAGUCUCCUACAUUUUUUUUUGUCAUCAGUAUCCCCGUCUCCUACAUGUAAGGCUGCAAGAUAUAUACUUAAAAGAUUCUUUCAUGUGCGCUUACAUUACCUCUUUCCCUUUGAGCAACAGCAGCAGUGAAAUUGCUGGAUGUAGUCAGAGAGCAUAUGAUUAUAUGUCGAUUAGUGACGCACGGCAAAUGUUGCUCUUCUCCUGCGACCAAGAACUUGCGGUAUAUGUCAAGGAGGUGAAGAUACUCUUAAACUUCGGUAUGAUGGAUGCUUCCCAGUUGCCUUCUUCAGUUUCUGCUCCUCAGGAAGCUUCCAAUUAUGAUGAGCUCUCCGCGAAACAGAGUUUGAACUUUUUAGAUAGCCUGAAGGACCUGAAGGAUCUUAGGAAGCAGUUAUACUCGGCAGCUGACUAUUUUGAAUUGUCUUACAACAGACAUGAUCAGAAACAAUUAGUGGUGAACACAUUAAAAGAUUAUGUGACGAAAGCUUUCAUAAACACUGUGGAUCACUUGGGCUCCUUGACUUAUAAGGUCAACUGUCUCCUAGAUGACAAGAUUGAGGAAGCAUUUGCAAUUGAGCUCAGAUUCUCUUGCGCUCUACAGGUGUGCAAUAUAAUUAGCUUUUCCUUGUUUUGUAGCGUCAAGGAUGGGAAGGGCAUGCAUACCCUCUGAUCUACCAUGUGCAAGGGUAUAACAGAUUGCAGCUGAUCAAGAAGAAUUAAGUUCUUGAAAAUCUGAAAUUACUCCAGAUACACUCCAUAAUGUGCCAGAUUAUAUCACAUUGUGACAAACUAAUUAUCGUGCUUCGACAAUAGUAUGGAAAAUGGCAGGGAGAACUGCCAUUUCUCGUGCCACCAACUUAUUUAUCACAAGUAGUGAUAAAACUUUCGACACUGUUCCUGUGUUUUAGAGACAUUGACGUGUGAGACGUUCAUAGACCAUGGAAGCCUUUGUCAGCAAUCACUAGCAAUAAUGUUGAAAAUAUGUAUCGAGUUUGAGCCCAAAGCGAAAUUUAAAUAUUCUUAAUUGGAUAUUUUGCGGCCAUUCGAAAUCGAGCAAAGCAAAAGAGACGUGAGUUUCCUAAUGAAGUUGGAGUCUUUGCCCACUGCAAAAAAGGAAAGUCCAAUUGUGUCAGAGAAAGGAAGGAAACACUACUUGAAGUCGGCCAAAGAAAAGUCAAAAGAGGAAAGUUCAAACUUUGACUAGUUGACCGAAUAACAUGAUUUUCCAAUAGGGGUG